AUGAAGCGUCUUCAGGCUUUGGAGAAGAAAUUCAAGUCCAAUCCGGCCUUUCAAGCUGAAUACGAAAAGGAGAUGAACGGAUUCAUCGAGUCAGGUCACAUGAUUCUCUUGAAGGAUGACCCCGGCGACAGUUACUAUCUUGCGCAUCAUGCAGUCAUUAAAGAGUCGAGUGAGACAACCAAGUGCAGGAUAGUAAACGAUGCGUCGAUGAAAACUUCGACAGGCAUCUCAUUAGACGAUGCUCUGUACGCAGGGCCCACUAUCCAAGAAAAUCUUACCCAACAACUUCUGCGUUUCCGUACUCAUCCUUUCGUCGUAACCGCGGACAUCGAAAAAAUGUAUCGUCAAAUCCUGGUUCACCCAGACGAUAGGAAAUUUCAAAAGGUUUUGUGGUGGCACAAGGCCAUCCGGACCCUUCAUCAACUUGCAAAGGAUAAAGGUUUAGAUUUUCCUUUAGCUGCUAAACUUCUUUGUCGUGAUUUCUACGUCGACGAUUUUCUUUCCGGUGCGAAUACUUUAGAGGAAAUUCGGGCAAUUCGUGACAAAAUGAUAGGUUUGCUCGGUAGAGGAGGAUUGGUCAUUCGUAAAUGGUCUUCCAAUCAUCCGUCCUUCUUGGAAAGCAUUGAUAAGAAAAUUUUCGAUCUCGACUGCGGAAUUCAAGGAAAUCCUAUUCAGAAAACGUUAGGAAUCGUGUGGAAUUCUCAACUUGAUAAUUUUCUCUACUCGGUAAAUACGUCAGGCUCUGAAUCAGCUUCCACUAAAAGGAAAUUCCUCUUACAGAUUGCGAAAAUAUUCGAUCCAUUAGGAAAGGUUACUAUAAGGUUAGCUUGCAGUAAAUCCAGAGUCGUAACGUUGAGUCAUCAUACGAUCCCUCGGUUGGAACUAGCUAGUGCUGCGCUCUUAUCGAAACUCUAUACCGAAUCUAAGUCUCAGCUGGAUUUUACAAUCGAUCGUGUCUGCCUCUGGUCAGAUUCCAUGAUAGUUCUGUGUUGGCUAAAGAAAGCACCACACUUGUUGAGGACCUACGAGUCCAAUAGAGUAGCUGAAAUUCAAAAAUUGGAAGACGAAGUUCAAUGGAGGCAAGUACGGUCGAAGGAUAACCCAGCUGAUUCAUUAUCUAAGGGUCAACUUCCAAACGAUUUCAUCCAGAAUUCUUUGUGGACAUCAGAUCCCCAAUGGUUGUCCCUCUCCGAACGAAAUUGGCCUCAGUCGCCACAAUCUCAACCGGCUGAUAUCCCAGGUUUUAAAGACGGAAUAGUUCUUUUCACGGCUCUCUCGGGAAGUACUAUCUACUCACGCUUUUCGGAUUACGGUACUCUUAUCAGGUCGGUUGCGUAUCUGCUCCGUUGGAAGCAAAAGGAACCUCCAUCAGAGGAAUCGAAAGAGACGGAUAGGUCCAGACAGGGUGUUCGCUAUCUAUCCAUCUCCGAAAUCGCACUUCUCCACUCUACUAGUAAGAAAACCAACUAUAACCCGAGUUCGUUUAGGAGUCGCACUAAAUUUGACAAGCUCAAUCUAUUCCUAGAUGAUAAGGGUUUGCUUAGAGUGGGCGGUCCAUUGAAAAAAUCGGAUCUUCUUUUCAAUCAAAAACACCCAAUUCUGCUUCCUAGCAAGCAUCACUUGUCCGAUCUUAUCAUUCGCGAUGCCCACCAGCGAAACCUUCAUGGUGGUAUUCAGUCAACUCUAUAUCACAUUCGUUACAGGUUCUGGAUUCUUAACGGAAAAAAUCAGGUUCGACACAUAUUGCACAAAUGCGUGAUCUGUAUCCGUCAGAAACCCAAAAUGGCUCACGCGAAAAUGGCGGACUUACCGGAAUCUCGGGUAGUUCCAUCAUCCGUGUUCAAUCAUACUGGGGUUGAUUUCUUUGGGCCCAUACUAAUCAAGGAAAAGGAAGAUCGGAACCGAAGUUUUCUUAAAGCGUACGAUUGCGUUUUCGUGUGUAUGGCUACUAAGGCAGUUCAUAUCGAAUUAGCUUCUGAUCUCUCUACGGUCGGUUUUCUCGCAUGCUUCCGAAGAUUCAUUAGCAUCCGCGGCAAGCCGGUCAAAAUGUAUUCCGAUAACGGUACGAACUUCGUCGGAGCGAACAACGAACUCCAGCAAAUAUACGAGUUACAUCGAACGUUGGAAUUCAAGGACGCGAUACGAGGUUUCGCGGAAUCUGAACGGAUUGAGUGGAACUUUAAUCCACCUUUAUCGCCUCACUUCGGCGGGCUCUGGGAGGCCGUGGUCAAAAGUUUUAAAAACCAUUUGAAUCGCAUAAUCACAAAUCAGAAGCUCACUUUCGAACAGAUGGACACCUUACUGAAAGAAAUCGCCGCCAUUUUGAACUCGCGACCACUGUACGCUAUCUCAACGGAUCCGAACGACCCGCUUGCGGUCACACCCGCACAUAUUUUGAUUGGUCGUCCUUUCAACUUCUUACCUGAAAAUGACUUUGUUUCAGUUCCCGACAAUCGCCUUACCACUUACCAAUUCAUCACAAAGGUCCGGCAAGACUUCUGGAAAAGGUGGCAUAAAGAAUACUUGUACGAAUUGCAAGUGCGCCAGAAGUGGCUACACUCGAAUAUCGAAUUAAAACCAGGUUUAGUCGUGGUCCUACUGGAGGACAACCCUUCGUGCGUAAGAUGGCCGCUAGGUGUCGUCGAAGAGGUUCAUCCUGGGAGCAAUGGCAUAGCAAGAGUCGCAAGAGUUAAGAUUGCUUCAGGGACCUACAAGCGGAACAUUACUCGAAUGUGCGUAUUACCUGUGGCUCAGGAGGUCGAAUCUCUGCCAGAAUCUCAGGAUCAUCCCACCGGGAAUUGA